AUUCAGGGUUGACGUUUGAAAAAUAAAAUUACCCAUAGUUAAAAAAAUGUACAGAUUGUAGUAUUACAUUAUCAGUUGCUUUGUGAAGUUUCAGGAGUUAAAAAACAAAAAAUAACGAAUGCGAGUAUCUUCAAAAAUGUUUAACGCCAUGAUCUGUCUGUAAAAGAUCAAAUACGGAAUUUCCCACUGACGUAAAAGCAACACGUGACGUCAUCUAAACGCACAACUUCCCCUGUUGCCGUAAACCUUACACAGUGAGUCGUAAAAACAGUCCGCAUCGGAUUUUGUUUUAGAGGUGAGAGAAAUAAACAGUUAUGGAUAACUUCGGACAAAACGCUUUAAAUUUUUAAUGAACGAAACGCACUUACAGCGUUUGGCUCAGUAUAAAGCUAAAUGGAACUAGUUUGACUCCACGGCGGACGCAGUGGAGUCAGAGGAGAUAAAAAGAAUGAGCUGAUCUCCAGCAAAAGAAGCUCGAAAAUGACAUCAAAUAGCGCCGAAGGACACUCUGUGGUUGGGGAAGUCAGCCCAGAUAUUCACAUCUGUGGCUUCUGUAAACAGCAGUACAAUAACGUUGAGGUCUUUUUGGCCCACAAGCAAAAUGGCUGUGCCCUGCCUGCAGCUGAUCCAUCAGCCAUCAAUCUGUCUGCAUCCUUCACAGACUCCACCACUGACUUUAUCUUUGAGGAGACUUACCAGUCCUCCGUCAUGAAAGGCGUCAAAAAGAUCCUGACCAAAGCACAGAAAACGCCUUUCAAAAAACUAAAACCAAGCCUGACUUCUAAGAGACACAGCUGCUGUUUUUCAGGAUGCACUUUCAAAACACAGUAUGGCCAAAAAGACAUGGAGCGUCAUCUCAAGACCCACACUGGUGAGAAGCCCUUUGAAUGUGAGCUGUGUCAUAAACGCUUCAGUCGGCGGGACAAGCUGAACAUGCACAGUCGUCUACACACAGGCGAGAAGCCGCACAAAUGCAAACACUGUCCGUACGCAGCGGCGGACAGCAGCAGUCUGAAGAAGCACCUGCGAAUCCACUACGACGAACGGCCAUUCAAAUGUCAGAUCUGUCCUUACGCCAGUCGCAACUCCAGUCAGCUCACCGUGCACCUCCGCUCCCACACCGGGGACGCACCAUUCCAGUGCCACCAGUGUGACGCCAAGUUCAAAAUCAACUCUGACCUGAAGAGACACAUUCGGACUCACUCUGGGGAGAAGCCCUACAAAUGUGACUUCUGUGAGUAUCGCUGUGCCAUGAAAGGCAACCUCAAAUCUCACAUUCAGCUCAAGCACAGCACCGAAAACUCCUUUCAGUGCACGCACUGUGAUUUCAAGUGCUCUACCAAGAAUGCUUUGCGAGAGCACUCGCGGGAGCAUCAGCCCGUUCAGCCCAUCCUGUGCUCCAAGUGCACUUACUCCUGCUCUAGCAAGUGGGCGCUCAAGGUCCACGAGCGGAUACACUCGGAGGAGAGACCUUUUAAAUGUGACUUCUGCAGCUUUGCCACCAAGCAGCGCAGCAGCCUGGUCAUUCACAAAAAGAAGUGCCACUCGGACAAGCCGGAGAAGGCUGUCAGUGGGAAAAGUGGCAGAGGAGCAGGGAAGGGUGGAGGAAGUGACUCUCCGAAGCCCGUCAGCUCCAGGUACCGGGCCAAACUGGAUGCAGCGCGAGCCUUUUCCUGCGACUCGUGCAGCGCUUCUUUUGUCAGAGAAGACUCUCUGCGGAGCCACAAGAAGCAGCACAGAGACGCUGAGAACAUGUUGCAGCUUCACACUGUGGAUUUGGUCUCACAGACAAACACUCAGCUGCAGGUUCCUCCUGUAGGUGACCACUCAGCCGCUCCUUACAGCAGUGCACAGCUUAAAAUUAUUGUAUCUCACCCAUUGGUCCAGGACAGCACCGUGAUCCCUGCAGGUCUGUCUGGUCAGGAGAAGACCAACGUGGUCCUACUGAGACCAGACAACCAGCAGGUGGUAGUCAACUCCAUGAUCCAGCAGGUGAACCUACUAACUCCAACACUUGGCUCUGCUGAAGCGUCAGACUCGGCCCUUAAACCCCAGACUGUGCUGUUGACUCAGCUCAGCUCCCAGGACACUGACCACCCGCUCCACCAGGCCCUGCUGCAAACCUCCAUCGCUGCUCAGGACUCCAGCCACGGCGCACAAGCAUUUAUCACUACCUGCUCAGAGCUGGAGAGCCUCAACGCCUUAAUCCAGGAGGGAGGCACAGAAGUUACAAUCGUGACCGUGGGGCACACGUCCACUGAGACGCCACCUAGUGAGUUCUUCCCUCCGUUAGAAGACAAAAUGGACACAUCGAAGGAGAGUGUCGCAGCCUGUGAGGAAAGUACGAUGGUUCCAAUUAUUGGCGACAUCAUCCACAGCGUUCCGUUGAUUGAGCCGCAGCAGAGUGCCAUAGCCCAGACACACUUCUCCGACUCACACACACUGGAAGACAUCCCAUAAUGAGUGUAGGAUUUAGUUCCUGCUUGAGCGUGUGUUGUUUUUUUCUUGAAACUUAAACUUUGUUACACCAUAAUAAGCUAUUUUAAAGAAUUGCGCAGGUCGUGGAUGGAAAAACAGAUUCUGUUUGCUGUCAGAAGUUUAAGUUUGAACUGUUGAAGUUGAACCAAAAAAACAUUACAUUUGAAGAAGGAUGCAGUGUAUUUGGGCCUGUGCGGUGGUGAAGGUGGUGAGAGUGCUUGCCUAUACAGCAAGAAGAUCAUUGGUUCCUUGUUUGAGCCCCAGUCCUUCUGUGUGGAGUUUCUAUAUUCUCCCUAUGGGUUUUUUUUUUUGCAGAAUCAAUGUACGAGUGUGAUGUGACCAGGUGUGUGACACUGUGAUGGACAAGCAGGUUACUAGUUGUUGUCUCAGCACAUUUGAUUCAUAUCAUGUUUUUAUGUUAACGCUGAAACAUUUUUAAAUACAAAGCUGAUACGACGUCUGUCAUUUUUGCUCACAUUGUCAAUAUUCAAUACCUAAGUUGUGUUUAUUUUUUGUGGAAAAAAAAACUUGACUGGAAAAAGCCGCAUUGUAGAAUUGCAAAAGAAUUUCAUUUGAAAUAAACCAUCACAAGUUGGAUUUCAA